AUGGCUGUGAAGAGGGUUGCUGUUAUUGGGGCCGGGAUAAGCGGUCUGGUUUCUACUAAAACCUGUCUCGAAGAGGGAAUCGAACCUGUGUGCUUUGAACAGACAGAACAAAUAGGUGGUAUUUGGGUCACCAGCGACCGAAGGGUCCCUGGGACAGAGACGAGGGGCGCCAUCUACGACUGCCUCAUCACAAACUCGAGCAAGGAGAUGAUGUGUUUUAGUGACUACCCAUUCGAUCCGUCGGUCCCACCAUUCAUCAAGGGCAAUCAGGUUCUGAGCUAUUACCAGGGUUAUGCCAAACAAUUUGAUCUUGAGCCACGAAUACGGUUCAACACGAGGGUCAUUCGUGUGGAGCCCACGAAAGACUUUGAUAUGACCGGUCGAUGGCACGUGAAAAGUCAGGGCCCUUGCGGUGAGGUCGACGAGGAGGUGUUCGAUGCGGUGAUGGUGUGCUCAGGGCUUCAUAACAAGAGCUAUAUUCCCUCUUUUCCCGGGAUGGAUGACUUUAAGGGCGACAUCGUUCACAGUUGUGACUUCAGGAACGGAGAGAAAUACGCUGGCAAAACCAUUGUCGUCGUCGGUGGCGCCCAUUCGGCAGGCGAUGUAGCGGUCGAUACCAGUAUGCAUGCGAAAAUGACCUACCUUUCGAUGAAGAGUGGUACGACAGUAUUACCCAGGGCGGGACCAGGGGGUGUCCCCAUCGAUGCUUACAUCAAUCGUCGAGUCAGGGGCUUGGUGCCCCUCGCCCUGUGGAAGAUGUGGUUGCAGUCAUUCAUCUCUUACCGGCUAAAUAUGGAGAGUCUCGGUCUCAAAUCCGAGCGACCACUCUUUUCUUCCACUAGCAUAAUGGUCAAUGAUCUCAUUGGGGUUCGGAUCUGGUGCGGUGCUCUCCAAGCAAAACCUAACAUCGCUCGCUUGACGGAAAGCGAUGUCAUCUUUGUCGACGGCACCGUGGUCGAGAACGUGGAUGUGGUCAUCUUUGCGACUGGUUAUGAGUUCAAAUUUCCAUUCAUCGACAGGUCUAUUCUGCAAGAGUCUUAUAAGGACUUGGAACUUUAUUGGCACAUUUUCCCGCCGCGUCUUUCCCGCCAAACAUUAGCCAUGGUCGGUGCCACCAACUCAGCAGGUGCCCGAGGGCCCAUCUAUGAACUCCAGGCCCGUCUGGCGGCGCGGGUCUUCAAGGGACUGGUCGAACUACCAUGCCAGGAGAGAAUGCUAGAGGAUGUAGCCAGGAGGAAGAAUAUUUUUAAGAAGCUCUUCGACAAUCAUAAGAUACGUUUUGCACCUAUCCCAUACUGUGAUAUGUUAGCUGCAAAAGUCGGAUGCCUACCUCGGUUCAUCGAUCUUCUGAAGUCGGACCCAAUCCUUGCCUUCAAAUUCAUUUUCGGUCCCAACUAUCCGCCAUUUUACCGGUUGGUCGGUCCACAUGCAUGGCCAGGGGCACGGCAUGCAAUCAUGAAAGCAGAGUACAACACAGUCAACCCAACCAGAACCCGGAUAGUUAAAAAUCCAGGAACUGAUCAAUCGAGUCUAUUUUUCAUGUUUCUCUUGGUUGUGUUUCCACUUUGUAUUUUCAUGAUGAUAUUUGUCAUGGUCAUAGGAACAUAGUCAUUGAUAUCUAAUGUUCUCCAUGAUGUUACAUUAAACUGUAUAUUUCGGUCUUUAUGACUCACCUGAUUGCAUGAUGCGCCAAUUCUGGUGAAUUCCCCAUAAACUGUUAAUGAUCAAUGAUGAAAUCUUACAAAGUGGCGCCUGAAUGACAUCAUAAUGCAUGGUUCCGAAAAUUUUAGUGCGUGGAUCAUGCAGAAUGGAGAUGGCUUAAUAUGAGUAGCUAAAAUACAAUGAAGCGUAUUUAAUCAAUUCUAAAAAGUAUAACUUAUGAUAAAAAGAAAAUUAAAGAAAUCUUCGUAUUGUUUUAUUUUUUCUGGGACGUACUGUGAAGACAUGUGUUUCGACCGGCAGCAACCUAAACUUUGUCAAAUAUCAGGUGAGCAGAUACGAACCAGCAGCCUUAACACCUUAAGUCCUCAACUACUCAAAUCGAUCUGGCCACUUUGAAUCCAUAAAGCAACAUUCUUAGCAGUGAUCAAGUCUUAAAGGUCCACCCAAGAAAAAUGUUGAUUUGAAUAAAUAUAAAAAACCCAAACUAGCAUUUAUAACGCUGAAAAUAUCACCAAAAUCGGUUGUAAAAUAAGAAAGUUAUGCUAUUUUAAAGUUUCGCUUAUUUUUCACAAAACA